ACUGUUGACAAAUAUUGCGAAACAUCUGUGCGGUGAUCUGUGCAAAUCGUGAUUUUCCAGAUUCCGGUAUUCAUUUCGGAUCGAAAAGUGGUGCCGCGACAAAAUAUGACGUCGCUAGUCGGUAGUUUAUCGCGGAGUGUGCUCCGGAAGCCGUUUCUGGUGCCGGUCCAGUGGCGCUGUUUGAGCGCGGUCGCGGCUACGGAAAGUGCCGGUGAAAAUCCGGCGGAACACUUUGAUAUUGUGAUCGCCGGCGGCGGAAUGGUUGGCACGACACUGGCCUGUGCACUUGGCAAAAACCCGCGCCUCUCGGACCGACGUAUCCUGCUGCUGGAGGCCGCCCCGGGUUUUAAGCAGCCCUCGACGGCCACCUACAGCAACCGGGUGUCGGCCAUCAGCAAGGGAACGCACCGGUUGAUGAAGGCGAUCGGUGCGUGGCCCCAGAUUGAGGCGACCCGGGUCAAACCGGUGCUGAAGAUGCAGGUAUGGGACGCGUGUUCCGAUGCGCAGAUCACGUUCAACUACGACGAUCUGGCGGAGAACAUUUCCUGGAUUGUGGAAAACGACGUGCUGCUGGCCAGUGUGUACCGGCAGCUGGAAACGGUCAAGAGCGUGGAGAUUCGGUACGGUGCCAGGAUGGAGUCGUGCAGUUUAAUGCGCGACGGAGCGGACGCUAGCACGGUGCAGCUGAGCAACGGCGGCAGGAUCAAGUGCGAGCUGUUGAUCGGUGCCGACGGGUACAACUCGCUCGUCCGCCGCACGAUGGGCGUGGACAACUUUACGCUCGCGUACGACCAGAUGGGCGUCGUGGCCACGCUGAAACUUGGCACCGCCGGUGGAAACAACGUGACCGCCUGGCAGCGCUUCCUCCCGACGGGCCCGAUCGCCCUUCUCCCCCUCGCCGAUGACAUGAGCUCGCUCGUUUGGUCCACCACGGUGCCGGAAGCUAAGCGACUGCUUCAGCUGGACGAUGGGGAGUUUGCCGCCGCGGUCAACGAAGCUUUUACCAAAUCCUAUCCACGAAACGGCGUGGUUGACGAUGUCAUGAAAAAUGUAAACUCGCUGAUUUCGUCUGCAACCGGACAACGGCUGGAACCGGCUCCGAAAGUUGAGGGAGUCGUGGAAAAAUCCAGAGCUGCGUUCCCGCUAGGGCUAGGUCAUACCAGUACUUAUGUUGGUCAGGGCGUCUGUUUGAUAGGUGACGCCGCCCACCGCGUGCACCCCCUCGCCGGCCAGGGCGUCAACCUGGGCUUCGGCGACGUCCAGUGUCUGGCGGACAUCCUAGCGGAAGCCAACUACAGCGGCCUGGGACUCAACAAUCUGUCCCAACUAGUGAAAUACGAGCAGGAACGCCUCAAACACAACGUCCCCGUCCUGCUGACCACUCACGGUCUCCAGCGUCUGUACACGACCGACUUCCCGCCCAUCGUGGGUCUCCGGAGCAUCGGACUCACCGUCACGAAUGCACUUCCACCGGUGAAGAAAUUUCUGAUGAAUUAUGCCAUGUCUUAAUCCGCGGUGCGACACCCAAACUCAAAACCCGGGCGACGACGAGGUGGCCCCAGGUAAGUGAGGAACCCGUUAAUUAACAUCGCGUCGGUCGGUCAUUGGUCGAAAAUCAGUUCCGAAGCGAAGGCGAGCGCCAGCUGCUACGGGGCGGCGAAAGUGACCGAAAAUGAUAUGUAUUACAUUUAUAAUUUUUGGCGGGUUCUGUUUUGAGUUUCUUUUUUUUUGGUCUGUUUUCGGGGGGCGAGUGCAGUUGAUUUAAUGUGUCAUUCGCGGUGGAUUUUGGGUUUUCUUAAUUUAGUGUGACAGGCAACGGUCGCAGAAGAUGUUUGUUUGAUAUUAAAUCAAAGCGCGCUGUGUAGAUGAGUUAUGUUUAACA